UUAAAGAAGAGCAUUAACCCCAUCUAAGUGGAUGGCUUAGCUUUAACGUUACCCGGGAGCCUUGAAUUUGCUGUUACGAACAACUGUAAAGUUAGUCACUGUGAAGUUAUGCAGACACCGCGAGAUGUAACGUUAGCUAGCUAACAACGUUAGUAAAAAGGAAACAUUCUGGAGUGAAAAUCAUGGAGUCCGGCGUUGACUUUCCGUCUCCUGAGUCGACAGUGACCUCGCUGCUGUCUAGUUCAGGUCACCUGAGGAGCAGCCUUCUGGCUCCUGAACACAACACCACCUUCAGAUACAGAGACAAGAUCUAUGACUCGGCCUCGGCAGCGUUGGACGCCUACAUCACAGACUUUGAGAGGAGCCGUCAGAACAGCGGCUCGUUGACAGGAAGUCUGGUUCUGCCGCGCAGUCGGCCCUCCACGCCGAGCAGACCCAGAGCGAGCACGCUCAGGAACAAAGAUGUUCUCAGGGAGCGUUUGACCGAGAGGGAGCUGGACUUCUUGAACCUCCCCGUCAGCUCUCUACAUCACCGUGGCAACCGGGACCGACUCUCCAUGACGACAGACGAGCUGCUGUCUAUCCCUUACGACGGCUCGAUGCCUGUCACUCACACCUCCGCCUUCAUCCAUGGUCUCCUUUCCCAGUCCGGAGCCCCCCAGCCUUUCUCCUCUUCCUCCAGACCCGCACACAGAACCUGGGACAGACCUAGCAGCAGCCACGCCGCCCCCCACCUGAACCACCACCACCCUCAUCCAACCAGGACUCCCCGGAGCUCUAGGUGCAGAGAAAGACCAGGGACAGUCAUGUUUAAUCCAGAUGUUGACAUCUCCUCAGUCAGCUACUAUAGGCAGUCUGCACACAGAGCGGCAAGGUCAGAGUGGGCAGAGCCGUCUUCAUCCCUCCACCUCCCCCGCUGGUUCACCAGUAACAAGAGUGACAUGGACUGUUCUGGAAUCACCAGUGUGCCCGACCUGGAGUACCCAGCCUGGGUCCAACGCUGUGAUCUCAGCGAGCCGCCUCCGUCCUCCGAGUCAGAGCCGUGGGACGACCACGGUACAACACCCCCUGCACGCCACCAACACUGCCAAGCUCCCAGAACUCCGUCCUGGGUAGCAGAGCUAGAGGAUGAUGAUCCCGACCACAAACCUAAACAGGUUGACAGCCAGCAGACUCUCAGAGAUCUGAGACUUCAGUUUGCUGAACAGAUUUCUCUACUGGCUGCAGAGAGAAACACCUCUGACAUCAUGGAAACGCUGUCCAGAGACAACCGGCUCGAGUCUCUGAUCCAGAAGGCGGAUCAGGUGUUGAACUCUCUGUCUCAGAGUUCUGGAGAAGCAGAUCCAGGCAGUCCUGCUGAUUGUGUUGAAGAAGCUGUCAGUCCAGCGAACACUGAGGAGCUGCUGCUCUGUUCUUCCUCACACUGUCGUCCAUUCACUCGGGACUUUGCAACAGCAGCAGCAGGAGGGGGCAUCACUGAGGCUCUGACUGACAUUAACGCUCAGGCUCAGGGCUCCGGUCUCCAUAGAAACAGCAUCUUAAAGCAGCCUGGUCCAGUGGAGGCUCUGAAACAGAUGCUGUUCAGACUGCAGGCAGUGGAGGCAGAGGUUCAGCGGCAAACGCAGGCAUCGGUAGCUCCAACAAUCUCCAACAAGGACGGGUGGCAGACAGAGAAGACUCCAGAGAAGCAGAGGCCUGAGAGUGAAGCAGAGCUGGAGAGUUUUCCUGGUGGACCGUCACUACAGAGAGCUAUGCACCACCUGAGCCGUCUGAAGGUGCUGGUGGAAGAAAGGGAGAAGAAACAUACAGAGAAAGAAGAGGAGAAGGACGAAGAUGAAGGACGCUACUCCUCUUCUUCUGCCGAAGGACUCAACUGCAUUCGGCAGAGCCCCACCUGAGAGUGGCUAGAGGCCGGUUUACCGGAGCAAGGCAGUUCCAGUCAGUGUCGCCGUCGGUCAGUGUUCUCACUGGGCUCUCACUCGUGUCCAGCAGCAACAAACAGCAGAUGGUUCUGCAUAAAGUCUGCUCUGGAUUAGUAUUUCUUUAGAUGAAAAGGUGCAAUACACAGUACAGGGACCAAACCAGUCCCAUUUGGAAAUUGAUAAAAUGUGUGUUGAAGUUGUGUGAACAGUGUGUUACAGUGAAGGAAGGUGGGAAAGUUUGAGCGCGUCCUUUUCCAAGUCUAAACUGUCACUAUAUCCUGAAUCAGAUCAUCUGUAAAAAUGAACAUUCCUGUGCCUCCUCCUGGCGCUUCUAAUGGCAUAAGAACAAACAACCAAUCAGAGCCGAGUAGUCUCUGCAGUAACAGAAUCCUGAUUCAGAUAAAAUCAUCGCUGUCUAGUUUUACAGUUUGUCAUAGUUCAUGAGCUAAGUCAUAAGCUGUGUCCGAAACCGCUCCCUCAUUCACUCGCUCACUAUUCUCUAUAUAGUGUUUAUUAUAUAUAGGGAACGACAAACCAGAUUUCGGACACUACACUGAAAACAUCGUUGCGUCAGUAGAUGCGCCCGUUAUGGUAUGACGGAGGCUGGCGCGCCCCGCACCAUGUAAACGAGCCGAAACCAAAAUACUUUUAAUACAUCCCUGAAACAAACGAUCACUCAGGAGAAUAGUGAAAGGUUGUAUAUUAUGUGUUACAUUUCCACUGUUAAGAAGUCAAAGUCCGCUCCAUUUUUUCCUUUUUAGUUUUUGCGAUGCUUCUUCUCCUCCAGGAAAACGCGGCUGCGUUGCAUUGUGGUAUACGGGAGUAAAAUGUAGGGUACAUGGUAUGUACGCUCAACUUAGUCAACCGCGGAGAAUUCGAACACCGCUACAGAAUGGCGAACACACUAUAUAGUAUAGUGCUCUAUUUCCAUGAUAGGGAACGGUUUCCAACACAGUUAUUGACACUCUUCUCGGCUCUGAUUGGUUGUUUUCCUUACGGGCGCAUUGGAAACAUGCAAAUGCCAUUAGGAAAACUAUGGGGAUUGUUGUUAUUUUUUACAGUGGAUCUGUCACAUGUAAUACUGUCAGGAUAUAGUGACAGUUUCAGCAAAUAUGGCCAAAACUUAUUUUUAUAAAAGUUACUGCAGCUUUUUAAAGGAACACUCUGACCUUUUGGGAAAUCCUCUUGUUAGACAUUUUACCAGAUUCAGAUGAGAGGACGGUAUCAACAGCUGUAAUGUUAAGUCACUAACUUCCAGUUUUUUUUACAUUUCUAUUUAAAAAAAAAAAAAGAGAAAAAAAGUUGAACGUGGAAAUCCGACAGCUCCGGUGUUGAUCGCAGGUUGAUUUCUUUUUUUCUUCACUUUUGAUGAAGCUAGGCUCCCGCUUCCAGUCUUUGUGCUAAUGUCCAGGACAUAUCUCUCUGUACUGGACACAGAGAGGAAACUGUGAUCCAGCUUCUCAUCUAACUCUGCACAGAUUAACAAGAGGAUUUAUCUUAUUGUCACAUUGUUGCUCUUUAAAUGCCAGCUGAGUUUGAAGCUCUGCAGUCUCUGUGAUUACAUUAACAUGCACAUAAUAUUCCGUUUUUGCCCUUAUUCCGAAAAGACGAUAUUCUGACUAAACUGUUUCCAUGGCUAAUGGAAGUGAAUAUUCCAUUAAUAUUCCUGUUUACAUGUAGAUGGCAGAUCCCUCUUUCAUUCCUUCAACCAGCUUCUUGAAAAGGUCGCUGUAGCGAUGUGCGCGUGUAUCCAAAAACCUGUUGAUAUCCAAGUCUUUGAUAAUGUUUAAAAGUAGCUGUGUUUCUCCUUAUCAGGUCUGACUGUUGGCUAGUUGGUUUGUGUACAGCAACCAUAGCAACGCACAGAGCUGACCAUAAGCCGUAAACGGGCAAGAGGCCGUAAACUGCGG